UUAUAUGCCCAUCGGAAUCAGAAGAAUAAUCUGGAGCAUAAUUUUUUGAUAAUUUGUGACGUCAGCAAGCCAACUUCACGCUUCGUGGGCGUCGAAUGCAUCGCAGUUUCUUUUCCUGAUUGUACUUUGAGAUAGGUCCCGUCCGGUCCGUUAUUGAUCUCAUGUUUGUCGAGCGGAGUGGCAGAGCAGAAGACCGAGCCGGAGGGGCGGGCUGUCCUCCUCUCUCUCUCUCUCUCCUCGGAGCCCUCGGCCCUCGGAGUCCCCGAGCCGCAUCGCUCAUCAGCAUCAUCAGCUCACUGCUCACUCCUCACUCGGGUCCAAAGACACCGGGCGGGUGGGUGUCUUUGUCAUUGACGUGAUUCGAUUCAGCGCCGACGGGACGGAGUGAGGGCCGGCCGCACAGAACAGGAGAGCUACACUUCUGACCACUGUCAGCUGGUGUCGGGACAUCGGGAUCAUGUUGGACUGUGCAUCGGCUGUCGGCAUGGACUGCAUCGUCAAGAUCUCGUCUUGGGACAGGAUCAAGAUUCACGUCUGCUCCCUGCUGUGUGGCCUGUGGAUCCUGCUGAAGCGAUUCUUGCUGCGGCUAUGGAACGCAAACUAUGCGGGCGGAUCCUCGGAGAAGAGAGGGAGCCCGCCAGCCUGCCUCCUUGAGGCCAACCUCGGUUCUCACUCGUACGUCAAGUUAAAGGGAGUGAAACUGCAUUACGUUGAAUGCGGAGGAGGUAGAGAUCGUCCCCUUAUUCUACUGCUUCAUGGUUUUCCGGACUGUUGGAUUGGGUGGAGACAACAGGUUCCUGUUUUAUCUAGCUACUUCAGAGUUGUAGCCUUAGAUUUAAAGGGAUUUGGUGAUUCAGACAAGCCACUUUCAGCUCGCAGUUACCAACUUUCAACUGUCGUGGCUGAGCUCAGAAGCCUCAUUGCUGCUCUUGGUGUAAGGAGCUGCAUGAUAAUUGGCCAUGAUCUUGGAGCCCUUCUGGGAUGGUUCCUUGUUCAUUGUUAUCCUGAUGUUGUAACAAAGUUUGUUGCAAUUUCAUGUCCUCAUCCUAAUGUCUAUUGGACCUGUCUGCCCAAAACAAGUGCUUUUAAUUCAAGAUGGUUACAUCUUAGUCAGCUUCCUAGUUUAGCUGAAAUGGAGGCACUUACCAACGAUCUAGGCAUUAUUGAUCAGUGCUACCAGCAUCUGAAAUCUAGGAAGGGCCAGGAAGAAUAUCUUGAUGCUUACAAGUACACUUUUUCUAGGAGAGAGGAUUGGACUGGACCCAUAAACUACUACCGCAAUCUUCCUUUUUGGAGAGUGGGUGAAGGCAGAGGUGCUGUGAAUGUUCCUACUUUACUGCUGACUGGAAACAAAGAUCCAUGGGUGAAUUUGGAGAGCAUUGUGAAGUCAUCAGAUUAUGUGGAAAAAUUUCUAGUCAAAAUGGUUGAAGGUGCUGGCCACUUCCCUCACCAGGAAUGCCCUGAUGCAGUCAACAAAUUACUUUUAUCCUUCCUCAUUGAGAAACCUCAGGUGAAAUCUCCACAGAAGGAAUCUUCUCUGGGUCUUGUGAACCGUAUGUUUAGCUCAACCAUGUGGUAUGGUAAAGAAAUGCUUGAUGUUGUUCAGAAAACUACAAGCGGAGUUGCAGGGAUUCCAACUCGAGCUCUUGCACUAGCUCAGUCGGCAAGUUGAGUAAUUUAUUUACUUGUUAGUAAUGCAGGUGUAAUAUAAAAUAUACAAUGUGGUAUUUGUCCUAAAAUUCACAUUAUGAAAGCAGCUUUUUUAUGUAAAAGUGUUGUGUUUUCUUUCUGUUGGUAGAAACACAAAAUUACAGCUAAGUAAAUUUCAAUGUCAGAUUUGUUGUGAUAUUUAGAUUUUACAGUAAGUAAAUUAUCAGCAUCAACAACUUUGUCAUUUUCCCUUAGUCACAAUCAAUUUAUUAAUUAGCUUCUCUGGCAUAGCUAUUCUUUUCAAAAACAUGAACUUACUUGAUUGUGGUAGUCGUAGUUUACCUAGUGCCUAGUAUGUAUCGUCGAAGUCUUAAUGCAGCAUUCACAAUGUCAAACCAAAGUUACAACAGUCAGCUUUCUAGUCAGUUGUCUUACUUAUUCCUCCAGAAAUUUAUCAAUGUUCUGCAUCUUUUAUUUUUUAGCUCACUUACUUGAGUCUUAUCAAAAAUACUCAGUGUUUUCUUGUUUUGUUUUCGUUAUAUUUUUUUAAAUUUUUAUGAGGAUGCUUUUAUUUCAUCUUAUUAUUUAAGCCUGUUUUUUCCCUUUGUGUAAAUUUGAGGUUCAAAGGAAGUGUGUCAAAAUGCUUCUUGGCAUGGCACAUGGCUGUCUGUGAGCUUACAAGAUCAAAAGCCUCUUUUCUGUGGCACUUUUUGUUUUCAUUUAUUGUCAUAUUGGCAAUGGCAGUACAUUGUAUGUAGAUCUCGUUUUUGUUUUCAAUUUUAUUUUAUGUUGAUAAUCAAACAUCUUUGUCCUGUAUACUUCAAUUUUUUAACUGUUUGAAAUGCCAUUGAGGCAGUAUAUUUCCCACCUUGAUGAGUUCUAUAAAACGGAUUUUAAGUGUGUGUAAUAAUAAACAUGUGUUUUUUUUAA